AUGGGGAACGCAGGGAGCAUGGACCAGCACACUGAUCUCAGAGGACACAACCUGCCUCUGAAACUGCCCAUGCCAGAACCUGGUGAACUGGAGGAAAGAUUUGCAAUCGUUUUGAACUCGAUGAAUCUUCCCCCAGACAAAGCGCGACUGUUGCGGCAGUACGACAAUGAGAAGAAGUGGGAACUCAUCUGCGAUCAGGAGCGAUUCCAAGUGAAAAACCCGCCUCACACGUACCUCCAAAAGCUGAGGAGUUAUCUAGACCCAGCAGUCACAAGAAAGAAAUUCAGACGGAGGGUUCAGGAGUCCACCCAAGUCCUGAGAGAACUGGAAAUUUCGUUACGGACCAAUCAUAUAGGGUGGGUGAGAGAAUUCCUAAAUGAAGAGAACAAAGGCCUGGACGUGCUGGUGGAGUAUCUUUCUUUUGCACAGUAUGCUGUCACGUUUGACGGAGACUGUGUGGAUAAUAACCCAGAGGCUGUGAUGGACAAGUCUAAGCCCUGGAGCCGCUCUAUAGAAGACCUGCAUGGAGGAAGCACCCUGCCGUCUCCCAUCACUGGGAAUGGCAUCACACGUGCUGGGCGACAUUCCACGUUACGUUGUAACACACUGCCCAGCCGGCGGACGCUGAAAAACUCCAGACUGGUCUGUAAGAAGGAUGACGUCCACGUCUGCAUCAUGUGCCUGCGUGCUAUCAUGAACUACCAGUACGGCUUCAACAUGGUCAUGUCACACCCACAUGCUGUGAACGAAAUUGCACUAAGCCUCAAUAAUAAAAAUGCAAGAACUAAAGCUCUGGUCUUGGAACUCCUGGCGGCAGUUUGUCUCGUGAGAGGAGGCCACGAAAUUAUUCUCUCUGCGUUCGACAACUUUAAGGAGGUAUGUGUGGAGACACAGCGGUUUGAGAAGCUAAUGGAGUAUUUCAAGAACGAGGACAACAACAUUGACUUCAUGGUGGCAUGUAUGCAGUUCAUCAACAUUGUUGUGCACUCAGUGGAGGACAUGAACUUCAGAGUUCAUCUACAGUACGACUUCACCAAGCUGUGCCUGGACGACUACUUAGACAAACUGAAGCACACAGAGAGCGAUAAGCUGCAGGUUCAGAUCCAGGCAUACUUGGAUAACGUCUUUGAUGUGGGAGCACUCCUGGAGGAUGCAGAGACCAAAAACGCUGCCCUGGAGCGGGUGGAGGAGCUGGAGGAGAACAUGUCACACAUGACAGAGAAGCUUCAGGACAUGGAGAAUGAGGCCAUGUCCAAGAUCGUGGAGCUGGAAAAGCAACUGAUGCAAAGAAACAAGGAGCUUGACUCCAUCAGGGAAGUCUACAAAGACACCAGCUCGCAGGUACACUCGCUGCGGCAGAUGUUGAAGGAGAAAGAUGAAGCCAUCCAGCGACAGAGUAACCUGGAGAAGAAGAUCCACGAGCUUGAGAAGCAGGGCACCAUCAAGAUCCACAAGAAAGGAGACGGUGACAUCUCCAUCCUGCCCUCGCCAGCCCCUGGCAUGGAGGGUUUGCCAGGUGCCCUGAUUGGAGGAAACGGUGGAGCUGUUAGUCCAAACCAUGUAACAGUUGUAGGAGGCACGCCUGCUCCACCUCCACCACCUCCUCCACCGCCUCCACUGCCAGUGAACGGCACAUUGCCGAAUGGACCAUCAUCCACCAUUCUGGCAGCAGCAGCAGCUGCCCCACCUCCUCCACCGCCUCCACCUCCGCCUCCACCCCCAGGGCCGGCCUCACAAAUCUCAGCCCCCCUACCUCCUCCGCCUCCUCCUAUGGCCCCCCCACUGCCCGGCUGUGGGACACCCACUGUCAUCAUGAACUCUGGGUUAGCAGAGGGACCCAUCAAACUUUUCUCUGUUAAGAUCAAGAAACCCAUCAAGACAAAGUUCCGCAUGCCCGUCUUCAACUGGGUAGCCCUUAAACCAAACCAGAUCAACGGGACCGUCUUCAAUGAGAUUGAUGAUGAGAGGAUACUCGAGGACCUGAAUGUAGAUGAGUUCGAGGAGAUGUUUAAGACGAAAGCGCAGGGCCAGCCAAUUGACCUCACCAUGAGCAAGCAGAAGGUAAUCCAGAAGGGGCCCAACAAGGUGACUCUGCUGGACUCCAACAGGGCGAAGAACCUGGCCAUCACACUGAGGAAAGUGGGCAAGACACCUGAGGAGAUCUGCAAGGCCAUUCAGAUCUUCGAUUUACGGACUCUGCAGGUGGACUUUGUGGAGUGUCUGAUGCGCUUCCAGCCCACAGAGAACGAGAUUAAAAUCUUGCGGCAGUUCGAAAAGGAGCGCAGGCCGUUGGAGAGCCUGACGGAUGAGGACCGCUUCAUGAUGCAGUUCAGUAAGAUCGAGCGGCUCAUGCAGAAGAUGACCAUCAUGGCCUUCAUCGGCAACUUCUGUGAGAGCAUUCAGAUGCUCACACCGCAACUUCAUGCAGUCAUUGCAGCAUCAGUUUCCAUCAAGUCAUCACAGAAACUAAAGAAAAUUCUAGAGAUUAUCUUGGCACUUGGAAACUACAUGAACAGCAGCAAAAGAGGAGCAGUGUACGGAUUCAAGCUGCAAAGUUUAGACUUGCUACUUGAUACCAAGUCGACAGACCGUAAGAUAACUUUGUUACACUACAUAGCCAAUGUAGUGAAGGAGAAAUACACGCAAGUGUCUCUCUUCUACAAUGAGCUGCACUAUGUGGAGAAAGCUGCAGCAGUCUCGCUGGAGAACGUCCUGCUAGAUGUGAAGGAGCUGCAGAGAGGCAUGGAUCUGACCAAACGAGAGUACAGCAUGCACGGGCACAACACCAUGCUCAAAGACUUCAUCACACACAAUGAAAGCAAGCUGAAAAAGCUGCAGGAUGACGCCAAGAUCGCACAAGAUGCCUUCGACGAGGCGGUGAAAUUCUUUGGGGAGAACUCCAAAACCACGCCGCCAUCCGUCUUCUUCCCCGUGUUUGUGCGAUUUGUUAAGGCUUACAGGCAAGCAGAAGAGGACAAUGAGCAAAGAAAGAGACAGGAGCAGAUUAUGAUGGAGAAACUUCUAGAACAAGAGGCCAUGUUGCAGGAAGACCAGAAGUCUCCAUCCCACAAGAACAAGCGGCAGCAGCAAGAGCUGAUCCAGGAGCUCAGGAGGAAACAGGUUAAAGACAGCCGCCACGUCUACGAAGGCAAAGAUGGAGCAAUCGAGGACAUCAUCACAGAUCUGAGGAAUCAGCCUUACAGGCGAGCGGACGCUGUGCGGAGGAGUGUCAGGAGACGCUUUGAUGAUCAGAACCUGCGGCCAGUGAACAACGGCGAAGCCGUCGUGUGACGAGGGAACGAUGCAUGUGUUGGGGGGGGGGCAAAAAGGUGGUGAGGAUGUGAAACAUCAAGAGAGGGAGAGACAGAAGGUUGGAUGCAGAGCAAAGGAUAAGUGAAAGAUGACAAGUGUUAUAGCAACCAUAGGGAUGAGUGUAUAUGUAUAUGUAUAUGUAUAUAUAUAUGUAUAUAUAUAUAUAUAUAUAUAUAUAUAUAUAUAUAAAAAAAUAAAAACUUAAGAAUACAUGUUAUUCCAUGCCUGUGGUAUUGUAGCAGCUUCUCACUAUGAAGGACUGGGACAUGUAUGGGACUGAAUUUAAAGAAAAGUGUCUGAAAGGUUGGUUGAGAAACCUUAGACAAGCCAAGUGCCUGAACUUAUUUUUGUGGUCUAAUGUCAAGCUGUCUUCUGUUUGCCAGAUGACUGUUUUUAAUGUCCCCACUUCCAGCAAUACGAUUUGACCUGGCUUUAAUUUAAAGACGUGUAAAACUGGACUCGCGGUGGCCUUGAGAGCCAUGAGAAGAGAUGCUUCCUUGGAAACAUAACAUAGAAUGUAUGGGACAUGUUCCCUGUAGCUGUUACAAAUAUUACAUCUUUUACUGAUUAGUUUGACACUCGGUAAUAUCUCGGUACAUUUAGGUGCUCUUUUCCAUUCCUCUUACUACACAAACGUGUCUCAUGAGGCUUCUCAUAUUCUGCUACAAGGGCUGAUGAUCAGGCAGGAAGAAAGUGAACAGAAAAUAAUGAAAAAUCUAUAUUUGUACUAAAUUAAGUAUAAGGUAGAUGAAAAAUGAAUGAAAAAAAAAUAUCAAACAGUAAUUCUUUUCAAAACAAAGACCAGACUAAUGUGAAUUGUAUAUAUCAGACCUCUCCAUACUGACCUCUUUCAUCAGUGGUUACUACAGUUAAUGGAUCAAGCCUGACUUUGCAGCUCUUCAUAAGAGAAGGCUGCUUGCGUACAUCAAACUCUACCAUCCAUUUCUGUAUCAGCACAGCAAAAAUAAGAAGCAACGUAAAAUACAUUUUCUACCAAGAAUAGAAACUGCACGAAAUAUACUGAACCCUACUGGAUUAUCUUAAUGUCAAAACUGGACAUAACUUAGCAUUUUUCUCUCUGUAAAUGUCUUUACAGGUUAAUCAUAUUCAAGGCUACUGUGUCUACUCACUUUAUUGUAAUUUUAAUGUAUAGUAUUUAACCACUGAAAAGAUUCCUGUAAGCUCAUGUUUCCAUCUGUGUGUCCACAGUCAUUAGAACAUGGCGAAGAAAAAAAUACACAACACACAAAAAAAAGUUUUCCUAAAUGUACAGAUAUUUUGCUACAAACCUUUUUUUUUUUUUUUACUUAUUCACAUUUCCAGAUGGUUAAUAUUGUACAUAUUGUUUAAACUAAAGUUUUCAUUGCCUUGUGCUAUACAACUUGAAUGUUAUUUUAACUUAUAGUUUUGUUUCCAUUUUUGUAUAUUUAAUUAAGCCAAAUGCAGCCAGAAAUCUACCAUAGUGUGUUAUAUCAUGUCCAAGACUGUGCAGGAGGAUCACUGACUUUUCUUGUGGGUGUGUUGCAGGUGCAUCAAAGCCAGUUACAAAAUCAUGCAACAUGUUCUGAUUUGCUCACAAACCUUUGAACUUGAUGGACUCAUUGUAACUAUUGAACUAGUUUGUAUUUGUUGACCUGUGAUGAGCCUGUCCAGUGGCAGUGAUGCACCCUUCUGUCUUGACUGUAAUCAUCUCCACUGAAGCAUGUGUUGCCGUACAUCUCCUUUUCUCUCAAUUUCACCGUCUGUAAUAGUGUCAUUUCUCUAACUGGAUAAUACUGGCAUGUUUUUGUUUUUUGUUUUUAAACUUUCACCAGAAAUGUAUUUUAGGCAGUUUGCGCUUAUUACAAAAUAACAAGCUUUUUUAAAAUUAGGUGAUAUGAGAUUUUCAAUGAAUAUGAUCAAAUAAACUAUUUACAUUGAUUAUA